UUUACCCUUUUUACUUGUCCGAAGGUAGAAUGACGCCUAGCCAAUGGAUGCUAUUGCAAGUGUGUCCACAAGUCCUUGGAGAAGUUCAUUGAGGAAACUCGGUUCCAUCCAGGACAGAUUUAUUCCUAGCGCUCUUCACAAAACUCCUGCAAGAUUGGUUCGACAAUCUAAUCGGGUCCUUUCGGAGCGGCAUCAAAGCAACUCUAUGUUUUUGGUUAUUUUGACGAGACGCAGGAUAUGGAGAGGGGAGGCUAAAUACCAGUGUAUUAAUAACGACAACACUAAGCGACCAAUACUAUCAGCAUUCUUUCAUGGAUUGGAGAGUUUAUCAGAGGAUUUACCACGAAUUUGCAUAGUUCCUUGCGGGAUAGGCUUUUGUAUUUAUGAUCUUGCUUGGGUUAAGAGAACUGGCAAAGCUUCAAGGAAUAUCGAGAAGUUCUCGAUGACUCGAGAUUCAAGAGUGCAGUACCGUUUCCUAGAUGGGAUAAUCAAGCAAAAUUCCGGACAUACUUCAAGACACUUUUUCUCAAGCUCUGCAUCAAAGCUGAGAGGCCAUUUUAAUGAUCAAGCAAUCGAAAUGCUAUAUGCUUGGUCCUAUGGUCGUCUCCGUCCAAUGAUCACUAUAAUAGAGAACGUCAUUGGGCGUGCCGAUGCAGGCCUUUGGAAGCAAGAAAUCAAGGGCCUGGUGUGGUCGCUCACUGAUCCAGGAUAUAAAGAAUCUGCAAUUAAAACCAGUGCCGACAUCAGGGAAACCUUCGGUCGAGCCGUAAAGAAUAGAUUACUAUAUAGUAAAGACUUGAUAUUGGAGUACAAUGAGCCUGUUCCGGUCGAGGCUUCGUUUGCUCGAAUUGUCGUUAAUCAAAGGAAGAAGGAGUUUACGAUUGUCGUUGAGCCAAUAGCAUUUAACUUAUUUGAAGUGGAUGACCCUGGAUUGGUUAAAUUGGUUAAUAAGAACCCGUCUGGACCAGAUAUCGUCUUUGUAUUAGAAUCGGAGGGUAAAUACUAUCCUGUUUCCGUACAGUCAAAAAUCGGCGAUAAGGGUGAUUAUUCAGUAGCUAAAGUCAUAGAAGCCCCUGUCAUCAAAGACAAACGAAUAGAAACGAUGUGCUCAAUAUUAGCUUGUUGA